CUGAUACCUAUCCCCAAACAUGAAACUCCGACACAUGAUGUUCACGUUCACGAUCAACCUCCAAGCACUCCUCUCGCUAUCCACACUAACCACAUCCACCCUAAUAACAACAUCCGGCAAUAUCACCCUCCCUGAAACGCCCACGCCCAUCCUCGGAAAUCUCUACAAUCACUGGAUCGUCCUCCCAAACAAAACCUACGACCUCACCCGCUCCCUCUACCUCCCCACCACAACCCCUGUCACCAUUCCAAUGUUCGGAACUCGUAAAGCCGCCAUCAUCGAGCCCUCGCGCUCCGCUCUCAUCAUCAUCGACAUGCAGAAUUACUUCCUACACCCGAAGCUUAGUCCCCGUGCGACAGGUGGUCGAGCAGCCGUUCAACCUACGCUAAAUAUGAUCGCAGGGUUUAGGAAGAAAGGAAUGAAAGUGCUGUGGACGAAUUGGGGGCUGGAUGGCUAUGAUUUGUUGACGAUUCCGCCUAGCUUUUUGGCGGGGUUUUCGGGCGGGACGGAUAGUCCGUUAACGACGUUUGGUAGCGACAUGGGGAUAGUGGAUGGAGCUGAAGCUGGAGGAAAACUUAUGCGAGGAGCGUGGAAUGCAAGACCUUAUGGACCGUUAUAUGAUGCACAGGUCAAAGGGGUGGAGGAUGGGACGGAUCUUUAUUUUAAUAAGAAUCGGCUGAGCGGCCUCUGGGGAGCGCAGACACCCUUAGGAAUGUGGUUGAUGGGAAAUCAGAUUACAACACUCUUCUUCGGAGGCGUGAAUGCGGAUCAAUGCGUCUGGGGAACAUUCCUUGAUGCAUACUACAAGGGAUACGACGUAGUUUACGUCGACGACAUUGCUGCAACUACGAGCCCGGAAUAUGCGACGCAGAUGGUGAAGUAUAAUGCGAAUCUCGAUGGCUUUCUGUCUAAUUCAUCAUUGAUUUUAUCAGCGCUA